AUGGCAGCAACCAAAACCACGGUGACCGUCGAAUACAGCGACAAACUCGCCAUCGUGACUCUCGACAACCAAGAGAAACUCAACGCCCUCAGUCAAGAAGACUACUACAAACUGGCCUCGACGCUGAGAGAAAUCGCCCAGCACGACGAAAGGCGCAGAUAUAACCCGCCCACCCCCCGAUCUCGGCAAAACCGAGCCCCGCCAGUACUGGUGCGCGCCCUCGUGCUCAACAACAUCGAUCUCGCCGACGCGUUCUACACCCAUCCCAAGAUCCUGGUGACGGCGUUGAACGGGCCCGUGCUGGGCCUCUCAGCGGCAGUGGUUGCGCAUUCGGACUUCAUCUUCGCAACGCCGAACGCGUACCUCCUGACCCCGUUUUCGUCGCUGGGUCUUGUCACCGAGGGCGGGGCCAGUCUGGCCUUUGUGCGUCGGCUGGGUAUUAGCAAGGCGAAGGAGGCGUUGCUGUGCAGUCGCAAGAUUCCGGCUGAGGAGCUGCAGCAGGUGGGAUUUGUGAACCAGGUGUUGGACGCGGGCGGAGACGAGGAGAGAUUCAGGGAGAUGGUGUUGGGUGAGAUUGGCAGUCGGUUCGGUGAUCAUUUGGUGGGGUCUAGCUUGUUGGAGAUUAAGAGGCUGCUUCGUGAACCUGGGGAUCGAGAGUUUAAUGCCCAGGCUGUGCAGGAGGUUUUUGGGGGGCUGCAGAGGUUUGUUGAUGGCGUUCCCCAGGCGGAGUUUAAGAAGAUCGCGACUGGGCAGAAGAGACAUAAGCUUUAG